AUGGUUCUGAGGGUUCGUCUUGCCCGACUCUCAACACGAGUUGCGUCAUCAGUGACUCCGCUGCUGAAACUGCGCCUCCUGGCGGCCAAAGCUGUUAUGUCACUGCUGCCAUUCACGAAGGACUACGGAGUCGUGACAAUCCGCUCCGCGUACAUCGUACCGGUAACGUCGUUCUUCACGGCGAGCUGGUGGUUAAUUUUGGAGAUACAUUGGACAGCGAGAGGCUACAACCAGACGGCUCCAGGAGACCCCAUGGAGGACCUGCUGCCCAUGGACGCUCCGCGUAAUGACAUUGACUUUGUCAUCGCGCCGAGAACACUGCCUCUCGGAGUACAUAUGAUACAGCUACAAGUCAUCAUGACCGUGCCGGGAAGCGGUCAUGUCUCUGUGUCUGCCGUCCAAACCUGGGUCGAGUUUGUCAGAUCGCCUGUAGUGUACAGUAUUGGAAGCUCUGUCAGGACGAUUCCAACCUCUGGUACCUUCGAGGUGAACGCCGGCCUGUCUUACGACCCAGAGGAAAUCUUUUCAUCCGAUGAACUCACGUAUAACAGUGAGAGCAGAGUGGUUUAUAAGCCAGAGUGUGGGCUGUUUUUAUUUCGCCAUUUUCCGGGCAGAGAUUGUGCGGCGUCGGACAUCGCGGCUCAUCACGGCGUGUCCCUGCAGUUCUGUUCCGCUGCCUGCUGCGCCGACUCCGCCUGCCUGUCGUUUCAGUACAACACCAGAUCCAGCUGCUAUCUGAAGCCUCGGCUCUGCACCGACGCGCAGAAACGGUCUGUAUCGGCCGGCAACAUGUACGAUCGACUCACAGGGGACCCGGGUACAAACAUCGCUGUCGGGCGGACGACAUCGGCCAGUUCCAUCUACUCUUCCUGGUUCAGCCAUCAGAAGGCCGUGGAUGGGAGCAGUGCCUACUGCUUUUACAGUUACCACAGUAACAACUUGGGUACCUCCAACCCCUGGCUACAGAUUGAUCUCUCUCAGCCAACUCCAAUUGGGAGUAUUGUCCUGUUCAACCGAGUAGACUGUUGUAGUGCAAGAAUCAACCCGUUCAACCUACAUCUGGGAAAUUCAUCGAACAUCCUCUUAAACCCUUUAUAUGGUGGAGACUUCAACUUUGACCUGACUCAGCCGACCAUGACCAUCCCCGUCUCCGGCGUGACGGCGCGAUUCGUCGGUGUUCGCCUUCCCGGCUCCAGCCGGACUCUGCAGCUGUGUGAGGUUCAAGUGUACACAAGUGAUGAAUCUAUAGAAGCUUCUGUAAUGCUGGGGUCUCCGGUCGAGGGGUCUCAAUCUGGAGUUCUGGCGUUCCAGUCUCCUACCAGUGUUCGCCCUCUCGGCCUCAUCGUCAACCUCAGUGUAGAGAUCACGGUCGGCAACUUCCCUCCAGCUGAAGGAUUUUACACCAUACGGCUUACCGAUCACCAUGUCACUGCGGAUGCAGAUUUGACCAGGAUCGCCGAGUGGCGCUUUAACGUCUUGCCCACACCGGAGGCAGUGUUGGGAGCAGCUUCAGAUGAGUCCUCAGAGACCAGUAGCCUGGCAGAUGCCUGUACAAUCAUGCCUUCGGAUGGAGUCUCCCUGAUCGACAAAUUCUGCGCAAAGUGUGUCGAGUUUGAUGAUGUCCUGGGCCCAGUGGAGGUAACCAUGAGUUUCCAGUUCAUCCCAGUGGGGGUAGAGAUGGCCACGGCAGCAUUUCCUGGAGAUGGUCCUCCUACUGAUAACAGGAUCUUCAUGACAGCGUCUACACAAUGGGUUCCUUACACACCUUUGGUUGACCUGGCUACCGGCUACCUGCUGUUGACCCUUCGCGCUACGUCAGUGGACGGGCGCUAUACUGAGUUUGAUCUGCCACCAAUGGAAUUUCUGGAGUCAAACUUCAACCCUUUCGAGUACUCCAACAACUCGCGUGAGGUCCGCAGUGACGUCACGGGUCUGGGGGUGAAGUGUGGGAACCGCACACUUCCGGUUUCCAGUCUCAGCCAACCCAUCGACAUUUUAACCCGUAGGGAGAAUGAAAGCCUUGAUGGUUCCAUCUAUGUCUUUGAAACGUCGGCUCCAAUUGGCAACCUGACAGUGUUCCAGUUUUUGGUUGGGAAGGAGCAGUCCACCUUAACCUUCCACCUUGACUUCAACUCCACCCGUUUUCCUCAAGACGUCUCACUGUAUCUUCGCAAGGGCGGUGUGCCAUCACAAGACAUCUUCAACUGGACAACUGCCCUUCCUGUUCAAAAGGACCAGCUGUUCUCCAUACCAUGGAUAAACGGAACGAACUUGACCUCUGACCCCUACCAAUGGCUGCUACCAAGAGAGCAGGUUGACGUCACUGUCUAUGAUGUCGGAAACCUGACAAAAUUCUGCAUCGGUGUGCAGUUUGGAUCUGGUUUGGACGUAGAAGAAGAAAUUGUCCACUAUUCUUUGACUGUGUUUGAGUCGUCUUGUGUUUACUUCGAUGAAACCGUCCAUUUGUGGCACAGUGACGGAUGUGAAGUCGGCCCUCUCACCAACUCGACCCAUAUACACUGCCGAUGUGACCACCUGACCAAGUUUGCGGGAUUCGUUCCGCCAAACCCUCUCAACAUCCAGGCGGCUCUGUCCGCUAACGUACUGGAGAACCCCGCGGGACUGCUCCUGGUUCUCUCUGUGUUCGCUGCCUACCUGUUCGGUGUACUGCUGACGAGAAAGGCGGAUAGAAGGGACCUCCUGAAGGUUGGAGUUGGACUGCUUCCAGGCCAUGUCCUGAACCCACAGAAAGACUGUCAGUAUGUCAUCACUGUGUACACAGGCUUCCGGGGGAACGCUGGGACAACUGCGGAGGUAACAAUAGUCCUGAAUGGACUUCAGAAGGAGAGCGUCCCGUUCAGACUGUCUGACCCACGGCGGGUUAUGUUUGAGAAGGGCAGCGUGGAUUCUUUUCUGGUGUCGACAGAAGAACCGCUGGGAGAGCUAACCCAUGUACUAGUGUGGCACAACAACCAGGGGUACAGCCCCGGAUGGUUUUUGAGCCAGAUUGUGGUGACAAACAGAGCAGGGAACAACUCUACAUAUUUCCUGUGCAAUAGAUGGCUUUCUGUGGAGAAAGAUGACGGAAAAGUCCAGCGGAUCAUCCCAAGAGCAGUGCCAGAGGACUUGCAGAAGUUUCGUAACUUGUUCCUGGCAAAAAGUGCAAGGGACAUGAAUGACGGCCACCUGUGGUUCUCCGUGGCGGGCCGCCCGGCACGCAGCCCGUUCACCCGAGUCCAGCGCCUGUCCUGCUGCCUGACGCUGCUCUACAGCACCAUGGUCACCAACAUCAUGUUCUUCGGCCGUGGGGACGACUUCGACCCGCCGGAACCACUCAGAUUCGCCGGGACAGAGAUCAACCCACCCAUCUCACUACCACAGAUCAUGAUUGGCAUACAGAGUGCAGCCAUCAUCCUGCCGGUUAAUGUGCUCAUAGUCUUCCUGUUCCGUAACUCUGGUCAGCGGUUGACAAACCAAACAGAAAAGAAGGGGGGUUAUGACAGGACCAAAUCAUCAUUGCCCUGGUGGACUGUUUACAUAGGCUGGCUGCUUGUCUGGUCUGCGAGCUUCGUGGCUGCGUUCUUCACCGUCCUGUACAGCCUGAGUUUCGGCCGUGAGAAGGCGGAGGCCUGGCUUUGUGCCUUUCUCACGUCGUUUGUCACCGACUUGUUCCUCAUGCAGCCCUUCAAGCUCAUCAUCGUGGCCGUCAUUUUUUCUUUGAUAUCAAAGAAACCAGUAGAAGAUGAUGAUCCGCCAACAGAACCGCUACAGUCUGAUGAGGAAUUUCUGCAGUCCAAAGAAGAACAAGGCAACUCUGAUGAUAUGACUCCCGAUUCCGGCCAUUCCAACUCCCCACCAGAUGAAUCCAGUCUGGCCGAUCAGCGACGGAAGAGCGCAGAGAAACUCAAACAGCGCGCCGCUGUCCUGGAGGUCCUCAUGUUCGGGUUUUUCAUCAUCAUCAUCAUGGCGGCCUCCUACAGUGAGAGAAGCCCCAUGGCGUUCUACAUGACUCAGAAUGUGGAGAGACAAAUCCUUGGUGCCGGUGAUGUUGGAUUCUUUGAGAUCCGUGACAUCCCGUCAUGUUGGACCUGGAUAACAACUGGGUUGCUGCCUGCCGUCCAUGCGGUGAGCUGGUACAACGGCAGGGGGGCUCCAGACGCCACAGUACUGCCUGACAUGGUCUCCUACCCACUCGGGCCGGUACAGCUUCGACUGGUGCGGCUUACACCAGGGCGACACUGUGAACCGCCCAAACCAAUGCUGAACGUGACAACACGCUGUAGUGUACCGUUCUCCCUCAGUCUGGCAGACACACAGAACUACACCUCAGGAUGGGCUCCACUCAACACGACAGUCAACACGACUGACGACAGCCAUGUUUGUGACUCUCCCAAUGCUCAGAGAUUUCCUCGAUUGUAUGACUGCGAUGGUAACACAAGCCCAUGGACACACACCUCUGUUUCACUCACUGACGAUUUUCCGUACUUCGGAAUGCAUGGCUCCUACAUUGGCGGAGGCUACGUUACCCGGCUCGGGACAACAAACGAGGCUACCUUCCUUAAACAGCAAAACUGGUUGGACGAAAACACCCGGGCACUUUUCAUAGAGCUCAUCCUGUACAACCCACACGUGAACUUGUUUUCAGUCGUCUCAUUGGUCGUUGAGUUCACCAAUCUCGGAUCAGCUUACAAGAGUUCAGAGGUCAUAACCGUGCGCCUCAUUCAACAUGACGCCAUCUUGCUUCUCCUCCUGAGAGGGGUACUGGCUCUGUUUCUUUUCUACUUCGUUCUUCGUGAAGGAAAGUCGUUGUUGUCUCGGCCACUGGAGUACCUGUGCGAGUUCUGGGGCUGGGUGGAGCUUCUGGUCAUCACCAUCGGUUUCUCCACGCUCGGCAUUUACUUCCACACACAGAACAUCAUAGACGAGGUGGCAGAACAGCGCAGAAAUGGCAACUCGGUCUUCCAACUGUACAAAAGCGCCGUCAGCUGGCUCCAAGUCUCUACAUACCUACAGGGGCUUCUCAUCAGCUUCGCCACCUUAAAGUCUAUCCGCCUUCUGCGCUUCAACUCUCACGUGCACGCCUUGUCUGUCAUCAUGGGAAAAUCCCUUAAACCAAUCACUAACUUCAUGUUUACUGUAGCUAUCAUUUUGAUGGCUUUCAUCCUACUGAUGGCUUUGACCCAAGGUGCAAGUAGCAAUGAGUAUAAGAGCAUAACUUCUACUCUACAAAGUCUGUUGCUUAUGAUGCUAGGUAGUUUUGACUUUGAUGCCCUGUCCUCCGGGCAUAGAAUACUUGGUCCGUUAGCGUUCUUUUUGUACCAGGUUGUCGUACAGUUUAUUUUGUUGAGUAUUUUCAUGGUGAUCCUUUUUGAUGUGUAUGAAAACGAAGACAUGACGACAAAUCCGUACGAUCUUAGGUUUGCUUCAUUCUUAAAGGAGGCGGCAUCAGAGGCAGCCAAGAAGGUCAAAGACACUUCGUCCAAGGUCAAAAGAAACAGACCGAAGAUGGAAAGACGUUUUUCCACAGAAAUGAUCCCAAAAAUAAACCGUGGCUUCAGUGAACUGAAGUGGUGA